GGCAAUGACAAUUACUUGUAUGGGGGUGGAUACACUGUAUUUGGACCAAAAUAUCGAGCACCUGUUAGUUAUUCUUAUCCAGUACAUGGCAAGUUUGCAGCAGCAUACGGAUACAGACCAGGACAAAGUACAUUUGGUAUUGGACAUUCUGGACCUGGAUCAUUUUCUUACACUGGAGGUAGGCAAGGAAUUGGACCAAUUGAACCAAGGGUGACUGCUCACACUUACUCUGAUACCAGUCCUCUGAAACCAAGAAUAAUCAGGGUUGUCAAGGGCAAUGAUGAAAGACCACGUAAAGUUGUGUCUUUGUUAAUGAACAAACGGAGUAUUCAGAGUUUUGAACAACUUGUAGCUGAUGUUUCUGAGGCUCUUGGUGUUCCUAAAUAUAAAAAUCAACGCAUUCGCAAAUUGUAUACACUAAGAGGUAAAGAACUGAAAGGUGUUGCUGACUUCUUUCGUGAGGAUGAUGUGUUCGUUGCUUUGCCAGCAAGAGAGGAGAUCACUGAUGAGGGUUUACAAGAUAUCAAUCGAGGAAUUAUAUCCUGAAAAUCCAUAUGCAAAGAAACUACGUCGUAAAAAGAAAGAAAAAGAGAAAAAUGACAGUGGUUUUGGUGAGGAGGAAGAAAAACCAAGAAAGAAAAAAACAGAUGAUGAGGAAAAGAAGAAGCGGGAAGAAGAAGAAAGAAAACGAAGAGAGGCAGAAUUAGCGGCAAAAGAAGAAGAGUUGAGAAGAAAAGAAGCCGAGUUGAAAAGAAGAGAAGAAGAAGAUAAAAAGAGACGAGAAAAAGCAAAACAAGACGAGAUGGCCAGACGUGAAGCGGAAUUACGAAGACGAGAAGCUGAGCUGUUGAAACAAGAAGAAGAAGAAAGAAAGAGACGAGAAAAGAAACCUUUGCCACCACCUCCUUCCAUUAAAAAGUAUAAACCUGACCCAAGAACUGAAACAACCAUUGGAAAAAUUUUAAUUCGUUAUGAAAUCGGUAAAACAAUCGGUGAUGGCAACUUUGCAGAAGUGAAAGAAGCCAAACUGGUGAAUUCAGACGAGGAGUACGCCAUGAAAAUAAUUGAUAAAUCCAAACUGAAAGGCAAGGAGCAUAUGCUAGAGAAUGAAGUUGGAAUAAUGAAAGCUGUGAAUCAUCCAAAUAUUGUGCGAUUAUAUGAAGAGUAUGAGACACAGGACCAUAUCUAUUUAUUGAUGGAGUAUGUGAAAGGAGGUGAUCUAUUCGAUGCCAUUACAGAAAGUGUUAAGUUUACUGAGCAUGAUGCCUCUAUGAUGGUCAAAGAUCUGGCAACAGCUUUAGGAUAUCUACAUAGUCUGAAUAUUGUACACAGAGAUAUUAAACCUGAAAACUUACUU